UAUAGUCUAUUUAUAUAUUCAUCUAUAGAGGAAGUGUCGUACCUUCUGAUAUUCAUUUUCUCUUAGUAACGAGCUCUAAUCUCAGCUCCAAUGGCCAAAGUCCUCAAGUUCGCCACCGUUGUUGGUGAUUCGGCGUCUUUAGCUCUUUCGUCAGCUAAAUUCUCUUCUUCUUUGUUAUCUUUAAUAAAUGCUCGUAACACUCGUCUUCUUCUGUCUCCAUGUAUUACUCUGAGACUGAGUCCGAGCUUCAUCCCAAUUCGCUGUCAACGUAGCCCACCAGAGUCAGAAGACAAUAAUUCGGCCACCCAAAGGGAUCUGACAAUCCCUAGUUGUGUGGUUGAAAGGCUUAAGAGACAACUAACCCAAAACAAUGAGGAAAUUCAAAAGCUUAAAGCAUCUAUUGAUUCAGCAUUGGAGCAUCUGGAUAAAAUACCAUCUACAACCAAUUCAUCCAGCCAAGAAGGAUGUAAAGGCAGAAAUACGGUGCAUUUCUAAAAAUUAAGGUGGAUCUGAUCGGACUGCUGGACUACCCUCAGCCAUUGAAUCUGGCUUGUUAUAAAUAAGCUGAUGAACUAGAUGUUAUAACUACUAGGAAUAUUAUAUUGUUGUAUGAUAUGAUCGAAAGUGAGAACCAUUCUGUGCAAUGAAGUUUCGUUUUAAGUUUUUCAGAUUUCAUUAAAAAAGUAUGUAAUGUUUUAAUCUGAAGUGUGUAAUUAAAAAUAAAAAAAUCUGG